AUGACAGUUCCCUGCAACAGCACCAUAUGUGGACAACAAAGAAGACAAUGCUCUAUGACAAGGAAAGCUUGUGCAUAUCAAGUUUUAUAUCUUUCCAGUAAUACUUCGUCUACUGGGAUCUUGGUAGAGGAUAUGUUGCACUUAAUCACAGAUGAUAACCCAUUAAAAGAUGUUGAUGCACAGAUUACACUUGGCUGUGGAAUAAUUCAAACUGGCACAUUUUUGGAAGGUGCAGCUCCCAAUGGUCUGUUUGGGCUUGGUAUGGAUGCUAUAUCUGUUCCUAGUGUUUUAGCAAGUCGAGGACUUGCUGCAAAUUCUUUCUCUAUGUGUUUUGGGCCUGAUGGACUGGGGAGGAUCGUUUUUGGAGAUAAAGGCUCCUCAGACCAAGGAGAAACACCAUUCAAUAUUGACAAGUUACAUCCGACAUACAAUAUCAGCGUGACACAAAUAACCGUGGAGAAAAAUGUCACUGAUCUCAAUUUCACUGCAAUCUUUGACUCUGGCACUUCGUUUACUUACUUGAACGACCCGGUUUAUACAUUUAUAUCAGAGAAAUUCAAUUCUGCGGCCAAAGACAAACGUCAUCCACCUGAUUCCAAUCUUCCUUUUGAAUAUUGCUAUGAAAGUGCAAAUCAAUCUGUCAUUCCGUUUCCUCAUGUCAAUCUAACUAUGGAAGGUGGAACCCAAUUCUACGUUACCGAACCAAUAAUAAUAACUAGUGUUCAGGGCGGUGGAUAUGUAUAUUGUUUGGGUGUAGUCAAAAGUGGGGACAUAAAUAUCAUUGGACAGAACUUCAUGACCGGUUACCGUAUAGUUUUUGAUCGUGAGAAGAUGGUUUUGGGUUGGAGGGCUUCUGACUGUUAUGAUGCCAAAACUUCCAAUACUCUACCGGUAAGCCCGCUAAGCUCCCCUGCAGGUCCUCCCGAUGCCUCCAUGAAUCCAGAAGCCACAUCAGGAAUUGGGAAUGGCUCCCCUUUCCCAAGUUCAACACCGCCACCACCAUCUGCAGGGAACCAUUCGCCCCGCUUGAAUUCUUUUGUUUACACACUUGUGUUGGCUCUUUUUUCUCUUUCGACCCACUAUUUGAUCAUUCUUUCCUCAAUCGGUGACAGAGCUCUUUUUGACUCUGGGACCUCCUUCACAUAUCUGGUUGACCCUCCCUAUAGAAGUCUUUCAGAGAGUUUCCAUUCACAAGCCCAAGAUAAGCGGAGGACACCUGAUCCAAGGAUCCCUUUCGAAUAUUGUUAUGAUAUGAGUCCUGAUGCAAAUACUAGUUUGAUUCCUAGUAUGAGUCUAUCUAUGAAAGGAGGAGGCCAAUUUGCCGUUUAUGAUCCAAUAAUUGUCAUCUCCGUGCAGAAAAUUUUAUGA